GAGUGGCUGGGAGGACUUUCUACCCGCCUGCUCUCUAUGGUGAGCCGGGAAGUGUCAUGGCGGCGGUUGAGGUGGCAGCCCGGUUGAGAGGCUUCGCCGCCGCUUGAGGAGCUCAGCCCGGGCAUUACAUGGCCGGCUUUCCCUCGAAAGGCUGACAGCUGACCAGCUCCUUCGCUGGAGGCCCUUCGGUUGAAGGAGGGGCACGGAGCAGGCGGGAAAGCGGCGGUGGGAGGCCGGGAGAGCGCUGUGGUGGCUGCCUCGGCCCUCAGCGCCACUCUGCCUGCCUGCCUGGCUCUCUUUCUCUGUCUCUUGUCUGUCUCUGCCUCUGAGUCCUGAGGGAUGGCGUCGUGGCUGGGCGGCCUGGGCGCGGGGCUAAGCCAGUCCCUGGUGGGGCAAGUGGGCGGCAGCCUCUCUACCCUCACCGGGCAGAUCUCCAGCUUCACCAAGGACAUGCUGCUGGAAGGCGCUGCGGAGGAGGCAGCAGAUACUGCAGCAGGUUUUCCUGUAUCCAAUUCUGGUCUCCGAGAUGUAGAGAACAUUAUUGCAACACUGAGAUCGGAGAAUGAGAGGUUGAAGACAGUUUGUAGUGACCUGGAAGAAAAACAUGAAGCAGCAGAACUUCAAAUAAAGCAGCAGUCUAUAGAAUACCGCAACCAACUUCAGCAGAAAGAGGUGGAAAUCAGCCAUCUUAAAGCAAGGCAGAAUGCACUACAAGAGCAACUGCAGAAGGUACAGUCAGCUGCUCAGUCAUCUCAGUUAAAAGCAGCUGUCUCUUCAUUCACCAGUACAUCAGCUUCCUUUGUUCCUAUGGUUAGACAUAGUCCUUCCAGUUUUCAAGGAGAUGACAUGGAUUUUGGAGAUGUAAUCUGGUCCCAGCAAGAAAUAAACAGACUGUCCAAUGAAGUUUCAAGGCUGGAAUCUGAAGUUGACCAUUGGAGACAAAUUGCACAGUUUUCCAAGCCAGUGGGGGCAAAUAAUGUAGAUCAGAGUGAAAUCUGCAAGCUGCAAAAUAUUAUCAAGGAGCUAAAACAGAAGUUGAGUCAAGAAAUUGAUGAGCACCAGCAUGAGCUUUCAGUAUUGCAGGAUGCUCACCGGCAAAAAUUAGGAGAUAUAAGCCGGCGUCAUAGAGAAGAACUGGGUGAAUAUGAGGAAAGAAUUGAAGAACUUGAAGAUCAGAUACAAAGAGUUGGUGGAGCUGUUGAAACAUCUUCUGAGCACGAUGUACCACACAGUCCAUCUGACUCUACAGCACUACACUUGAAGGACCUACAAGAUAAAGUAAAAAGUUUAAGUCAGCAAUUGUCUUCAACAGAAGAAGAGAACAAUAGUCUCUUGAAAGAACUUGAAUUGGUAAAAAUGGGGAAAAGUCAACUAGCACAGGAAUAUGAAAGACUAAAAUCUGAAUUCAAUAAGCUCCAAGCAUCUAUUACCAAAGAACAGGCUGCUUUGAAAAAGCACGAGGCAGUGUCUUAUAAUUCAGCAGACACACUUCAGGCAGAAGUGCUCCGACUACAACAAGCCCUCCUUGAUGCAGAAAAUGAAAUAACACGACUGAAAAAGUCAGAACAGGAAGGAUUCCAGAAAGAAGUGGCAACUUUACAAUCUAAUGCUAGUACAUGUGAAUCCAGUGAAGAACAGAACAUGGUGUUAAAUCAGUUAAGACAAGACUUGGAAAGAAGGGAACAGGAACUUAAUGAAAGCAUUGCUGAAAACAAAACUCUUAUAGGAGAACUAGAAGAACUGGACAAGCAGAAUCAAGAAGCUACACAGCAUAUGAUUGUGUUAAAAGGACAGCUAGCCAAACAGAAUGCUGAAGCUGCUAAUACUAUCAACGAACUAAAACUGAACAUAGACUCUGAAAAAAAGAACUCAUCCAAGCUAGAAGAAGAGAAACUAGAAAUUAUCAAAGAGCAAGAAAGCCAGAGAGAGAAAUUGAAUCAAUGUACAUUUGCACUUAAUGAUUUGCAUAUGACUAAGCAGCAACUAGAAACUAAAAUAAAAGAGUUAAAAGAGCAGCUGAAAGCAUCACAACAAUAUAGGUCCCAAAAUAAACAGGAAAUGGUUGAAUUAAAGAAAAAUCUGCUUCAAAGAGAAGAAGAAAUUUCUUCACUCCAAAGGGAAUUAGCCAAGAUCAGCCAUGAAUCGUCUCACAGUUAUCAAGAUAAUUCAGUCAAAGAAAGUGAAAUAGAAAUUUCCAAGUUGAAUGAGCAAAUUUCAGAAAGUAAACUAAGAACCACAGACUUAGAAAAAUCUAUUUUGGAUCUUCAGAUGGAAAAAGAAAAGCUUCAUAUAGCAUGUGAAGAGCUUAAACAACAGUUGCAAAUAGCUAGUAGCGAGAAAAACAAGAUUGCCUUUGAAAAGGAUACCAUGCUGGAGGCUUUGAAAACAGAAAAAGGUCGAUUAGAAAAUGAACUAAACCAGACUGAAAGCCAGUUAUUGGAACAGGCUCAUAAAUAUGAGCAAACCAUUGAAGAGUUGUCAAAUGCACGCAACAUGGACACCACUGCAUUACAGCUUGACCAUGAACGCUUAGUUAAGCUCAAUCAAGAGAGAGACUUUGAGAUCACAGAACUUAAGAGGAACAUUGAGCAGAUGGAAGUUGAUCAUGAGGAAACUAAAGAGAUGUUAACAAGUAGCUUAGCCGGUCAGAAACAACUGACAGAGCUCAUCAAAGAGAAAGAGGUUUUUGUUGAAAAGUUUAAAAGAAGAGCCUAUGAAUUGGAGCAGCAACAUGAAGAUUAUGCUAAGGAUUCCAAAAGACUUGAACUUUUAAAGCAAAGUUUAGAAGAAAAAGAGAAAAUCCUUUCAGCCAUGAAAGAAGAGAACAAUCAUUUGAAAGAAGAAAUUGAACGUCUGAAAGAUCAACAAAAUAGGUCCACUCCUUUGGCAGAGCCAAAAACCCUGGAUAUCAUCACUGAAUUAGAAGCAGAAAUAACUCAGUUAACUAUAUUUAAAAAUAAUCUUGAAGAAGAAGGGAAAAGGAGCAAAAGGAUGCUUGAGGAUCAAAAUCAGAAAAUGGCCCAGCUUCAGCAAUCCUUGCAGGAAUAUAAAAAGGAGAUAGAGCAGAACAGAUUUCAGCAGGAACAAAUGAACCUUACACACAAACAAGUGUGUUUGGAAAAGGAUGAGGAAAUUAAAAGCCUGCAGAGGACAAUAGAACAAUUGCACAAUCAGAGAAAGGUCAUUCAGCCAGAUCCUGCUGAUCUCUUCCAAGUAACCAAAGUGCAAACACUUAAUGGCGAAAAUGGGAAUGAGAAACAUGAUUUAUCUAAAGCUGAGAUUGAAAAACUGGUCAAAGGCAUCAAGGAGAGAGAAAUGGAAAUCAAACUUCUGAAUGAACAGAAUGUCUCUCUAAGUAAACAAAUAGAUCAGUUAUCCAAAGAUGAAGUUGGCAAACUUACACAGAUCAUUCAAGAGAAAAACUUAGAGAUCCAAGCUCUCCAUGCCAGGGUCUCCUCUCCACCGUAUAGGCAGGAUGUUCUUUACCUCCAACAACAAUUGCAAGCCUAUGCCAUGGAAAGAGAGCAAGUGCUGGCAGUUCUCAGUGAGAAGACCAGGGAGAACAGUCAAUUGAAGACAGAUUAUCACAAGAUGAUGGAUAUCGUAGCAGCUAAGGAAGCAGCCCUAAAGAAGCUGCAAGAAGAAAACCAAAAGCUAGCCAGUGAAUUUGAAAGUAGCAGUCAAGACAUGUCCCGAGAAACUAUUAAAAACUUGUCCCGUAUUAUUAGAGAAAAAGACAUUGAGAUUGAUGCUUUAAGUCAGAAGUGCCAAACUUUAUUGACUGUCCUUCAGACAUCCAGCGCCGGCGCAGGCAGUGACUUAGGAGGAAUCAAUAGCAAUCAGUUUGAAGAGCUUUUGCAGGAGCGUGAUAAGCUGAAACAGCAAGUUAAGAAAAUGGAAGAGUGGAAGAAGCAGGUAAUGACCACUGUCCAGAAUAUGCAACACGAGUCUGCUCAUCUCCAAGUAGAACUACAGAGCCUUCAGGCACAGAUUUCAACUGACAGUGAGAAUAAUUCUCAGUUGCAAAUCAAAUAUAAUGGCUUAAUCCAGGGCUAUGAGCAGAAUGAGCAAAAGUUGAAAACAUUCAGUCAGGAAUUAGUCCAUGUUCAACAUAGUAUAGGAGAGCUUAAUAAUACCAAGGAUAUAAUUUUGGGUAAGCUUGAUAUAGUAACACCACCUCUGCCAGAAAACUCUCCUGCAAGUGGACAGCCACAAAACAUUCCUAGUAGAGCAGUUUCUCAGGUGCUUCCCAGUGAGACCAAACUACUCUGUGAGGAACUGGAACGCAUGGCAAAAACAUUGGAGGAAAAAGAUGCAACAAUCCAGACUCUGCAGGAAAAUAAUCAGAGGUUGUCCGAUUCUGUGGCUGCAUCAUCAGAAAUGGGGCGGAAGUGUCAAGUAGAAUCUGACCUGGAAAUGAAACAGCUCAGGGAGAGGUGUGAUGUUUUGCAGAAAUCACUCAGGGAAAAAGAUCUGUUAAUAAAAUCAAAAAGUGAUCAGUUAGCUUCUCUAAAUGAAAACCUUAGUAAUAAAGAGAAUGAAAAUGAGCUGCUGAAACAAGGUGUAACUAACCUAAAAGAGAGGACUUUUGUUUUGGAAAUGGAUCUCUGUAAAUUGAAAGAGGAAAAUGAUAGAAUAGUGAUGAGAUGCCAGGAAAAAGAAACAGAAUUUCGAGCACUGCAAGAGACCAACAUGCAGUUUUCCAUGAUGUUGAGAGAGAAGGAAUUUGAAUCACAAUCCAUGAAGGAGAAAGCUCUCACAUUUGAAAAAAUGUUGAAAGAGAGAGAACAGCAAAAGGGAAAUGCAGGGGAGCUAAACCAACUGCUGAAUGAAGCGAAGUCUAUGCAAGAAAAAGCUGUUGCUUUUCAGCAUGAGAGGGAUCAAGUCAUGUUGGCACUCAAGCAGAAACAAAUGGAGACUACUGCCCUGCAGAAUGAGAUGCAGCAUUUACGUGAUAAGGAGCAACGCCUUAAUCAAGAACUAGAGAGGUUACGCAACCACCUUUUGGAAAGGGAAGACACCUCCACACGUGAAGCUUUAGCUGCAGAAGAUCGGGAGUCGAAACUCCGAAAGAAAGUUCAGAUUUUGGAGGAAAAGCUGCAGUCUUCAUCAACUGCAGUAGAAAAUGCUAGCCAUCAAGCGAGUAUGCAGGUGGAAUCCUUGCAAGAGCAAUUGGAUCUCGUAACUAGGCACAGGGAUGAAACUGUGCUUCAGCUAACAAUUUCACAAGACCAAGUGAAACAGUAUGCAAUGUCCCUGGCCAAUCUGCAGAUGGUGCUAGAGCAGUUUCAGCGAGAAGAGAAAGCCAUGUAUUCAGCAGAGUUACAAAAACAUCAAAGGCAGACUGCAGAGUGGAAGAAAAAAGCAGAACAGCAGGAAGAGAAAGUUAUUUCAUUGCAGGAAAAGUUAGAAGAAGCUAAUGAAGCAUUGGAUUCUGCAUCAAGGUUAACAGAACAGCUGGAUCUCAAAGAAGAGCAAAUUGAGGAGCUUAAAAAACAAGGUGAACUACAGCAAGAAAUGUUAGAAGAUGCACAAAAGAAACUAAUGAACCUCAUAAACAGCACAGAAGGAAAAGUGGACAAGGUGCUGAUGAGAAACCUUUUUAUUGGUCAUUUCCAUACUCCAAAAAAUAAGCGUCAUGAAGUGCUCCGGCUAAUGGGAAAUAUCCUGGGAAUACCAAAGGAGGAGAUUGAGCAGUUAUUGUCUGAAGAUCAAGCAGGUGUUACUCGAUGGGUGACUGGGUGGUUUGGAGGAGGUGCUGGAUCAAAAAGUGUCCCCAACACACCUCUGAGGCCAAGCCAUCAAUCGAUUUUCAACAGUUCUUUUUCAGAAUUGUUUGUGAAGUUCCUUGAAACAGAAUCCCGCCCAGUUCUUCCCCCACCAAAACUGUCUGUUCAUGACAUGAAACCUUUAGGAGCAACAGGAAUUGGCAAACUUGGUGCUAAUUCUUCCAGUAACAUGACAGAUCCAUCAGGUCCAGGAACCAGUAGGAGACCAGAUGUGAAUCCCUUCCUCGCACCCCGAUCGGCAGCAGUCCCCCUCAUCACCCCAUCUAAUCUUGGAACCAGCGGAUCUGGGCAUCUGCUUAUGAAGCCUAUUUCUGAUGCCUUGCCCACUUUCACCCCAUUGCCAGUAGCCCCUGAUGCAAGUGCUGGGACAAUACUGAAAGACUUGCUCAAGCAAUAGACAGUUCCACAUUGAUGCUGAUGAUGAUGACAGUAGCACUUUAAGGAAAACAAGAACACUGCAUUUGUAUAAUAUACCACAAAGAGGCCUUUUGUAAAAAGUUGUUCAUAUUCAAUUGCUCUUAAGAUGUUAAUGUCUCUCCCACCUUCCCCCCACUUCCCAAAUUUUCCAAAGUUUUUCUCUUGCCUAUACAUUGCUUUCGUAGUUGCCCUUACAGAAUCAGUCCUUGUUUUUACUAGUUUGCUGAAUCUACUUUCGAGUGGAAAAUCCUGCCUGCAUGUAAAACAAAAAAGCAAGAUGUUUAAUAAUUCAAUCCAAAGCCUUUCAACCAUUCAACAUCCAUUUUAACACCAGUAUUAUUUUAACCUUAUGUGCAAUUUGUUUGGUUCUUCCUGCUAUAUCAAGAGGUGUCUGGUUUGCUGCUUUGGGGUCAUUGGUUAGGGGGAAUAUAUAAAAAUAUGCUCAUCUCCAGAAAAUAAUUGCAUAUUUGGAAAUGAGCACAAUAGGAUAGGCAUUAGACAACAUGUGGAAGGUAUUUGGUCCAGUGAGGUAUUGGUUUGGCACUUCUAACCCAUGCCUUUCAAAGUAAGUUCAUUGUUGUGUGUGCUGAGGAAGUCUGGGAGCUAUGUGUUCCCAAUCCUUGCAGAAUGGUGAGGUUUAAUCUUGAUUCAUCACCUCAGCCUGGAACAUGAGUCCUUAGUUAUGAGGAAUGGAAUAUCAUCAUUCUAUAAAGUGGAGAAGGGUGUAGAGAGUUCCAAAGGGAAUGGCAUUAGCUGACCAAGUCUAUAUUUCAAAUAUGCUCUAGACAGCAUGCUCAUGACAGUGCUGUCUCUGGGUGAGCAAGGAACUGUUAGUUUUAAGUUUAAGAAAACAAUUAAUGCAAGAUUUUAUUUCUGGGCAAUACUUCAGUUGUUGCUUCCUAAUUCCAGGAGCUAUGUAAUACAACAAAUAUUCCAAACCUGCCAGCAUUAAUUGAGUUCAUGAUUAAUUUUCAUUUGACCACUAAUUGCAAACCUGACUUCCCAUUUGUAUAUUUAUAGUGUAAGUAGGGUAUAAAUAUGCAAUACUGUAAUGGUUAAAGAUGUAUAUUUAAAAGAGGAUUGCUUAUUUGCAUACUUUUGAAUGGGGAUUUAAAGUAUCAAUAUAUGUAUAAAGCCUAAAGUGAAUUAUGCUUUAUUCCAAUAUGUACAUAGGACUACAUAAAAACAAUUAGAAUUCUGUACAUUUUGCUGCUCGGACUUGUAUAAACUAUAGGGAAUGUGUCCCCAAGCUAUUCACAGAAGGACUGGAAAGAGUUCUUGAUGCCUUGAAAAGAAUAAUUUGAGACACACCAUCUCUAAAGAUCUACCCUUUUUCUAUGCUGUUUUUCAUGUAGUUUGCAUUAAAAUAAUACUUGGUAUCACUGAUGGAACGGUUCUGUCAGCAGGAAAGUGAACGUGAAUGUCCUCAUCCCCCUGUAUCCUUCCUGCUUCUUGUUAGCUCAAGCAGACCACUCACUUGGUUAACAUUGAUUUUGACCUUGGAUUUUGGCCUAUAAUGUAAGUUCUAUGUUAGAACUCAGAGCCUUUUCUCUUAGCUACUACCCUGCAGAUUGAUUUCAAUUUGGUAAUAGAAUGAAUCAUGAAAAUACAGUUUACUAGAAGUUGCCAAAGUAAUGAAUGCAAAGAGCCUUUGGUUUGUAUUUAUAUAUUGAUUAAAAAUAUCUAAAUCCUUCUAAAUUAA